AAUUAUGGCUCGUCGUAAUGCUCGCAACCGUCAGCCUACUCCAUCUCCACCUCCGUCUCCAUCCCCAUCUCCCCCUCACCAGCAGGCUCCCAAUCCAGCAGGGGCUCAUCUCAAAAUCGUGCUCCAAUUCCGGAGUCUAACUCCGCCAGAAUUUCAUGGGACUGAAGGGCCCGAGACUGUGGCGGAGUGGAUCCGUCAGAUAGAGCAGAACUUUGACCUCCUACAGUGCUCUGACGAGCAGAAG